AUGGCGACCGAAGAUGCCCGAUACCGACUCUCGACGCAAUAUCGAUUAUGGUCCUUCUCGCCAUCGAAGCUGGCAGAACUGCGCGAACAGACGAAUUCGCUCGCCCGAACCCACAUUGCAAGUCGCCUCAUCGAAACAAAACGGGUCGAUAUAGAUGUUGAGCCGUUGCCGGAAUUCUUGACUCCUGCAGAAGAAAUCCAACUGCUGAAGGUUUUCACGGUUGAUCUGAUCCGCGCGGCCGAUUUUUGCGGCAUGCCCACCGAAGUCAGGGCAACUGCGACCGUUUUUCUGCGCCGUUUUUAUGUCACCAAUUCAAUCAUGACGUACCCGCCCCAGGACGUUCUCAAGACGUGCUUGUUCUUCGGAAGCAAGGCUGAAGGGCAGUACAUGCGGCUUGCCAAACUCGCAGAGAAGUUCCCAAAUACAACCGAGGAGGAGAUUUUGGCUGGGGAGUUCCUGCUCUGCCAGGGUGUUCGAUUCGCGUUUGAUGUCCGACAUCCGUUCCGUGCGUUGGAGGGAGCUAUACUGGAGCUUCGGCGACACACUGAUCUCGAGAAGGCUCGAAUCGACACGGCUCAUGCUCGUGCCCGGGCUGUUCUUAAGUUUAGCUCUCUCGUCACCGAUGCCUACUUCCACUACACGCCGAGCCAGAUCAUGCUGGCUGCGCUUUCGCUUGCCGACCGGGGACUGACCGAGAGACUGGUCCAGGGAGCGUUUACCCCCAACCAGAACGCUACAUCGAACGAAAAUGGAACAGAUUCGACACCACGACACGAGUUACGAGACAAGGUGAUGGGCGCGAUAGAAGCAUGUCGAGAGAUGUUGGCGACUGAGCCCCCAGAGAGACUAGACGAGUAUUGGGGAACACCCGAGAGCACCAAGCUCAUCAAGCCGCUUUUACGAAAGCUCAAAAAGUGCAGAGACCCCGAUCGUGCAGAUCUCGUGGCUCUGCAGAAGGCUCGGCGCGAGUUGGCAUCGCAGAAGGAAUCUCGGCGUCCGAAGGCCGAGGGCGACGGUGCCGUGUUCAGCGGAGAUGGCGGAGGACUCAACGGGAACGAUGCGCGAGACGCCAAGCGGAGGAAGGUCGGCGAGGGCGACGAUGUCUUUGGUCCAGCGUUGGGAUAG